CCAAAACAAUGAAUAGUUUCUGCGGUUUUCGUUUGUCCACUGUGGGCAUUGUCAUCGGUUGGUUCAAUUUAAUUGGUUCCAUAUUUUCGACUAUCGUGCUCUGUGUGGCCUUUACCCGUUUGGAUGAUUUGGUGAAGCUUAUUCAGGACAAUAUCGAUAACACUACGAAUGCUGUCGAUGAUGUGGGCAUAAGGACCGCUGUUAUCAUUACUUUGUGCGUUUACCUGACCACCAGUGUGACAAAUGUAAUUGCAUCUUCGCUGUUGAUUGUGGGCACAGUUAAGGAACGUCAUCUUCUGUUGACACCUUGGUUGGUCAAUGCCUACAUUUUCAUCUUUUUCAAUGUCCUGAACUUCAUAUACAUGAUAUAUGUCGCUAUUGCUAAGGGACUUCCAGUAGGCUCAACAAUUGGAACACUCAUUGGCACUGCACUGGGUUUGGUGAUUCAAUUGAUUAUCUGGAAUGCCAUUUAUUCGCUGUUCAAACAGAUUCGUGCCAAUCGUGAUUUGCAACAACGUCUAUUGCCAACCACUUCGGCUGCUCAAUAUCCCAACUAUACCAAAAUGCCGCCAACUGUUGAAUAGACCUAAAG